ACGGCAUUGCCCAAGAACAAGGGUCUCUUUCAACACAGCCCCGAAGGGUUUGGUUUUGUACCCUUAUGAAAGGGAUCCCAAGGUUGUGGGUUUGAGGCUGGCGAUCGGGUUUGGGAGGAGUCGGUACUGUACUAGCAGAAAAAAAAAAAAAGAAGUGUAUGUCCUGGUUUAUAUGCACAGCAUAUGUGCAGGUGCAGACUGUCCGGGACGACAGGAUGUUUGGACGGCAGUAGUAUCAGCAGUGUCCCAGAGUGUCGCUCUCAUGGCCUGCCUGCUUCUCUAGUCUCCCUUCUCCCCUGGUCCAUGCUUGGGCUCCACGCCCCUCUCCUCUUCCCCAAUGACUGCCUGGAUCAUUCUCCCCGUCAGCCUGUCUGCCUUCUCCAUCACCGGGAUAUGGAUCGUCUAUGCUAUGGCAGUAAUGAACCAUCAUGUUUGUCCUGUAGAGAAUUGGUCCUACAACCUGUCCUGUGCGGAGGAGACUCCCAAGCACGGCUUCCCGAAAAGCUGCUGCACCCUUGAGGACAUCCCUCUGAUCAGCAAGUGUGGCUCCUUCCCUCCAGAGAGCUGUGUCUUCAGCCUCAUCGGGAAUGUGGGAGCGUUUAUGGUGGUUAUGGUGUGCAUGCUGCGCUACGCCCAGGUGAUUGAGCGGAGCCGCUGCUCGUGGGUCAACACCAGCGGUCUCGUGGCGGGCUGCACCAACGCACUGGGGCUCGUCAUCGUGGGCAACUUCCAGGUGGAUCAUGCGAAGUCCCUGCACUAUAUCGGUGCUGGUGUAGCGUUCCCGGCCGGGCUGCUCUUCGUGUGUCUGCAGUGUGUUCUCACGUACCGCAUCGCCGUCUCGUCACUCGAUUACUGGAUGGCACACUUCAGGAUGGCCCUCGCUGUCGUGGCCAUAAUCUCCAUGGUGCUCAGUGGUAUCUUCUUCAUCCACGAGCGCUUCGUUCUCCAGCACGCCGCUGCCAUCUGCGAGUGGAUCUUCACCAUCACCAUCCUGGUCUUCUACGGGACCUUCACCUAUGAGUUCGGAGCCCUGAGCAGAGACAGCAUGCUGGCAGCGUUGCAGCCGCGGGGUGGGGGGGCUGGGGGGGGCAAGGACUGCAAGUCCCCGGGGAGCAGCAGUACCUCCACACACCUCAACUGCAACCCCGAGAGCAUCGCCAUGCUGUAGCACAACGCUCCAGCAAACGGUCAAAACAAACAAAAAACGGUCGUUUUUAUAUUUAUUAUUAUUAAUAUUUGUUUUAAAAACUAUUUUUUUAAACAAAAAUAGCUUCAACUGCUUAAAUAUUCAUCUGUUGUUAUUAUUUUUAUUAUCAUUAUUAUCAUUUGUUAUAAAUUAUUUUUAAACAUUUUUAAAAAUAUGUAAUAAUUUACCUCAAUUGCCCAGAUUUUGGGGUGACCUCCAGACCCCUUCUAGACCAGCACUGACCUUUUCUUUUUAGUACUGAAUCUUUAACUGGUUUUUAUUUU